UUUCCAUUACAAUUCACAUCUAUGUACUCGGUUUACUAUUGUUAAAAUAUUGGAAUAUCUUGUGUUUACGUAAUAGUUUUAUUAGUGAAAUUGCAGAAAAAUGUUUCUAAUAAACGGGACCUUCAAACAGUUACUCUCAGAUAUUUUGAGAAUACCACAUAACCAACAAAUCGCUACGAUGAAAUAUUUUGCGCCUCCUAUCGAAUACAAAAAUACCGUUAUACCGGAAAGACCAAAAUUGCGCUUCAUGGACAAAGUUCCGGUGAUGCCGUCAAACAUGAAAGCUCCUAAGAUGCAGAAAAAGUUAAAGUUUAUGCGAGGUCCAGAGAUGGUACACACCACACUGUUGCAUAAACAGUACGGAAUUGUGGCCACCGGAGGAGGCAGACUACGAUGGGGACACUUUGAGAUGAUGCGUUUGGGAAUAGGCCGCAAAAUGGAUACUAGCCGAAUGUUUGCAAUCUGGCGUGUGGAUGCACCUUGGCAACCAAUUUCGAAGAAGGGUCAAGGUCAGCGUAUGGGUGGCGGUAAAUCGGCUAUCGAUCAUUACGUGACCCCGGUCAAAAGUGGGCGAGUGAUAUUGGAAAUUGCAGGAAAGUGUGAGUUUGAAGAAGUGAAACCGUUUCUUGAUAUCGCGUGCCACAAACUCCCUUUCAAAGCGAUGGUGGUAUCGCACGAAAUGUUAGAGGAAAUGCGCGCUAAAGAGGAAAGACUGCAGCGAGAAAACUUGAAUCCGUAUACAUUCAAGUACAUCAUACAGAACAAUCUAGGUGGGUGUCACAGAUGGCUUUCGCCGGUCGAUCAUAAAUGGUUCGGAAAAUAUCUUUAAAUGGAUUAAAUAAAGUAAUCAAUACAUCAA